CAGAACUAUCGCUAACAUGUCUAUUAUGUCCUAUAACGGUGGGGCCAUCAUGGCCAUGAGAGGGAAGGAUUGCGUGGCCAUCGCUGCAGACCGGCGCUUCGGGGUACAGGCACAGAUGGUAACCACAGACUUUCAGAAGAUCUUCCCUAUGGGGGACCGGCUGUACAUCGGAUUGGCUGGCCUGGCUACAGAUGUGCAGACUGUGUCCCAGCGCUUGAAGUUCCGACUCAACCUCUAUGAGCUGAAGGAAGGACGUCAGAUUAAGCCCAAGACGUUCAUGAGCAUGGUGGCUAAUCUGUUAUAUGAGAGAAGGUUUGGCCCUUACUACAUAGAACCUGUCAUUGCUGGCUUGGACCCCAAAACCUUCAAGCCCUUCAUUUGUUCCCUGGAUCUGAUUGGAUGCCCCAUGGAGACGGAAGACUUUGUGGUGAGCGGAACCUGCUCUGAGCAGAUGUACGGAAUGUGCGAGUCCCUGUGGGAACCAGACAUGGAGCCUGAGGACUUAUUUGAGACAAUCUCACAAGCCAUGCUCAAUGCUGUGGACAGAGAUGCAGUGUCUGGGAUGGGAGUCGUCGUACAUGUGAUAGAAAAAGAUAAAAUAACCACGCGGACACUGAAGGCACGUAUGGAUUAACUCUCUGCUUGCCCCGGAUUCUGCCUCUGAUUAAUGUUGUUUGCUUUUUUUUUUUCUUUUUUUUAAUUAAAAAAAACAACUAAAUAUCUUCUCCAAA